GCACCGAAAUAGUCGACGUUUUGCGACGGGAAAUGGACAACAGUAAACGGACUGUGGUCGUCACAGGUUUUGGGCCGUUUGGAGAGCACACAGUCAAUGCCAGCUGGGUUGCAGUACAGGAGCUGAAGAAGCUCGGACUUGGCACUGAAGUGGACUUGCAUGUCUACGAGGUUCCUGUAGAGUACCAGACAGUGCAGAGUUUAGUUCCGUCACUAUGGAAAAAGUAUCACCCAAUGAGCCUGUUAUGCAAACUACGAGUGAAAUAGGGACGGCGUGGCGCAGUGGGAGAGUGGCCGUGCGCAACCCGAGCGUCCCUGGUUCAAAUCCCACCUAGUACCAACCUCGUCACGUCCGUUGUGUCCUGAGCAAGACACUUCACCCUUGCUCCUGAUGGGUGCUGGUUGGCGCCUUGCAUGGCAGCUCCCUCCAUCAGUGUGUGAAUGUGUGUGUGAAUGGGUAAAUGUGGAA